UAUCAUGGUAACGUGCUGACCUACCUGUUAAUUGCUCGCACGUGCCAGUAUGGUUUCCAUUCAUUCCUAAACACUGCUGCAACGCCUCGAAUGAUGGCGAUUCCAGGUUCCAGCCGACCUCGAUACCUGGACAGUUCAAGCGAUUGGAACUCCGUUCCCGAAAAAUCCGGUGAAAGGACCGGUUCAACAGAACGUUUACGUUGCGUUAUGCCACAAAAACGGAAAAGCAUUAAUCGGAAGGGCAUGGAACGACAGCGGAGUUGUUCAGGUCGAUCGUGCAAACAUCCUUUUAGUGACUACUCUUCGGUUCAUAAUUAUGCUCACCUAAAAACGUUGAUUGCAGCGGAAGAAUGCCACGAAUUGAAAGGACCUGAUAUUGGCGACAUUCAGGUACUGACCUAUGAAGGUAACCAUUUGUCAAAGGGAUUUUUCUACGAAUGGAUCAAAUAUUCGGAAUAUUUGUCAGAAGAAAAAAGUGACUCACGAGUGCCGUUACGUUGCGGUGACGCAGUACCACUCGCAUGCUCUGAAAAGGGAUCACUCGGAACGUUGGAUUUUCAAAAGCGAACUGCGAUCGUAUCGAAUGGAAAGGAGAUUCAAACAUUAAAAGGAGAUGAACUCAAAGAAAUGUUUAUUCUUGUACGUAACACCAAAGACGGUCCAUCACAGUGUCGAUGUGUUGAAUGCGAACGAAGAAGAGAGACUGAAAAGGCCACUCCACCGCCGUUGUUGAUGGUUAAUGAAUGGACCGAUUUCCGCACCGGUGACACGUUUCCAGUUUCAAAACGUUUGAUCAAAGCAUUGAACCGUCCGCUGAACACAAAAGAUGGUCCACAAGAACAGUACGUUGCGUUGUGGUACCACUUCGGUAAUGCUGUCAUGGGUCGUGCGUGGUCAGAAAAGGGCAAAAUUGCAGCCGCAUUCGCAAGCAAAAAGAAAGUGUUCUCGGGAAAUGUGGGAUCGCUACAGCUACUCGUGCAAAUCCCUCCGGCCGCGGCUGGCUUCGAUUAUAGUUGGGUUUCGUAUCGUAAGGCGGCGGUUAUUGGUGAAAAGGAAUGGCAUCCUGUACAUAUCGCGUUUGUUGCACCGUGUGUACUCAUCAUCGACAAGGAAGGACAUGAAUGUCUCGGUGAAGCAAAUUUGAGAGAAGAAUACGCACAAACCGUUCUCGACAACAAAGUUUUCCGACUUGAAGGAGGCGCUAUUUCGGAAUUUAAAUCUUGUGUGUGGACUGCGUUGGAUUCCGUUGGUUUCGGGAUGACCAAGGAGUUCGAGGAUACGUGGGCGUAUAACACGAUCGGGUCGCCGUUUCCGGACAAUCCGGUUAGGGUGAAGGGACAACAGAAUAUGUACGUAGCGUUAUGGUAUAAAUUCGGGAAGCCAAUUCACGGACGUGCAUGGAACAACAACGGAAACGUGGAAUGCUCGUUUCCCUACAGCAAGGUCGAGCUGACCGGUGCUCGUGACUUGGGUGGACAAAUUCAAAUCCUGACCGCAGUUGAGCAAGAUCCUUUGGACCAAUUCAAGAAAUCCGGUUUCUGGUACGAAUGGAGACCGUACAAAGAUCGUGUUAAUGAUACACUACUGCAACUGGUACGAUGUGGCCAGUCAACGCCAGUCUUAAUGAAGACAAAAGACGGCAAAGAUCUGCUUGGCUAUAUCGAUAUGGGCACUGAAGAGGCAGCUGUUGGUUAUAAUGGUAAGAGUGAGAAGCUUGCUGGAGGUGAUAUCCAGGAAUUGUUAGUGCUAUUCCGCAAUAUUAAAGCGCCACCGAGAGGAAUCAAAAUAUACGACGAUACCUGGCUGGAUCUGAAAUACCGUGAUCCAUUCCCAGCUGCAAAGAAUCCUGUAGCGGCAGCUGGGCGUAAGGUGAGAAACGACGACGGCACUGAGAUGUUCCAGUAUGUUGCUCUAUGGUAUAAGCACGGACAACCCGUAUUUGGACGUGCGUUCCCCGAUCCUGCCGAUAAAACGCUGGCAAGCUUUGGAUGGAACGGUCAGGAGAAUGCCGGCACGGAAAUUGGUUCAUUCCAGAUGAUUGUCGUGCCCGAUCCGGAUAUUCUUGGAUUCGAAUACAAAUGGUUACCGUACAAAGAUGUCAGGGGUGGAGCUGGUGAAUUCAAGCCAUUACAUGUUGGUGAAUGCGUACCUUGCUUGCUGAAGGACAGCAAAGGUACGGAGCGACUCGGAAACUUGCACGUGGGAAUGGAGAAAGCAACUGCAGGAUUCGGUGGCAAAGACAGUGCCGUCAGUGGUCCUGCAGUCAAUGAGUUCCUUGUGUUGUGCAGAAAUCACAACAAAUAA